UUUUAUAAUGCGCGAAUAGCGGUUUAUAUAUUGUUCCAUUAAGUGUGUAAGUAAAUAUUAGUUCAAAGUGCAUAAUGUACGGAAUGUUAUUAGAAAGUGUCCAACAUUUUAUUCAGCUUGAAUAUGGAGAAAAUGCUUGGCGUCAAGUUGUUCGUUUGGCUAAAUGUAAAUGGUAUGAGUUUAAUACGCAUCAUAUUUAUCCGGAUACUUUGAUACCUCAACUAGCAGAAGCUGCUGCUCGACUGUUAACUGAUCCAGAAAAUCAAGAAAACAAAGAACCUACAGCUGAAUGUUUUAUGAGAUACUUCGGGAGGUGUUUUGUGAGGUUCUUCAGUAACUUAGGAUAUGACGCACCAAUCAGAGCAACUGGACGAUAUUUCUGUGAGUUUCUUAAAAAUGUAGAUAAUCUACACUUACAAAUGCGGUUUUCUUAUCCAAAAAUGAAGAGUCCAUCUAUGUAUAUGUCACACGUCGACCGAAAUGGAUGUGUACUUGUCUAUAGAAGUACCAGACAAGGCUUCACACAAUAUUUUAUGGGUCAAUUAGAUGAAAUCGCUAAUGAUGUGUAUCACACAAACCUUAAAAUACGUAUCCUCCAAGAAGAAUACACUAGUGCUUCACAAAUGCCGACUGGCUGUCAAAAUAUUCUUGUAAAGUAUAGAUUAGAAUUUGACAACAGUGCAUACAUCGACCAAAAUGCUGCUGUGUAUGCAUUUGAUAGACUCCAAUUACCAUCUAUACCUAUAAGUGUAUUGCUGCGGUUGUUUCCGUUCGGUGUGGUUAUUGGUCGAGAUAUACGUAUUAUGGAUGUCGGUGAAAAAUUACUUGGUGUAUGGGGUUUCACAUUGGAAGAUGUACGUGGUCACCUGCUGGUUGAACAUUUGAUUCUAAGAAGACCUAGAGACAUACCCUUUACCUGGACUAACCUUAUGUAUUUAACAUCUGUUACUUUUGAACUCGAAGUACUCCGAAGCACACAUGCCUUAAUGAAUACCAGAAAUACUUCUAAAGUCGAAAAAAAAUCAGUAAAUCCAUUGCCUCCAACAUUGGACCGGAGAGGUAGUUAUGGUUCAAGGAGUAUUUUGCUCAAAGGACAAAUGAGACAUUUCAAAGAAAUCGAUGUUGUUGUAUUUUUGUGUAGUCCUGUAGUCAAUAAUUUAGAUGAAUUACAAGCUAUGAGUUUAUACUUAAACGAUUUGAACUUACACGGUUUAAGCAGAGAACUAGUUUUAGCUGGAUGGCAACAUUGUUCACGCUUAGAGCUCAUGUUUGAAAGAGCGGAACAAUGGUCACAGGAUCUAGAAGAUAAUUAUGAACAGUUAGAUAGAUGGAAGAGAAAAGGUGAUUCAUUACUAUAUUCUAUGCUUCCAAAAAGCGUGGCUGACCAAUUACAAAAUGGACAUAGCACAAUGGAAACUUGUAAAACAUUCAAUAUGGUAUCCGUAAUGUUUUGUGAAGUCGAAGGCUUAAAUCCUUUAUCAUCAAUUCAAGGUGUAAUGUGUGUUGUCGAAUGUAUGAACACAGUAUUUAGUUGUUUUGAUUCUCUGACGGAUCGGUUUCAUGUUUACAAGGUAGAAACUGUCAAUCAAGUAUACAUGGCGGUUAGUGGUGCUCCAGAGUAUACAGAAGAACAUGCUCGCAAUGUCACUGACCUCAGUUUAGAAUUUACUGAUAACAUAAGAGAAUUGCCAUUUCCAUGCAAUUUAAGAAUAACUAUAAAAAUUGGUAUUCAUUCAGGACCUGUUGUAGCUGGAGUAGUAGGUAUGAAACUACCACGUUAUUGUUUAUUUGGCGAUACCGUCAAUACCGCAUCGAGAAUGCAGACAACCAGUGAGCCUGGCAAAAUUCACUUAUCAAAUACAACUAAACAGCUGUUACCACCAGACGCAUAUAUAUUAUCUCCAAGAGGAAUGGUUACAGUUAAGGGAAAAGGAGAAAUGGAAACAUUUUGGGUUCAAAAGAAAUCAGAAACAUCAUUGCUGUUUACUAAAAGAUGUAGUGUUUAGACUAAAUGAUUGCAAAAAGGUUUUAACCUUACACUUUUUUUUAAUCGAUUAUAUUUAAUAUUAUAUUUGUGUACCUAAAUUAAUUUUAACUCAUAAUUUAAAUUUUUCAACUGAAAUAUUAAAAAUACUUAGUAAUUUAGUAAUAUAUAAUUACGUCUGUUAAAAUGUCAAGGGUAUAAUGUAUAUUUAUACAACACUUAACAUAUAAUACAAUACAUGAUUACAAAACAUAAAAUAUAAAUUACUUUUAUGUUUUUAUACACUAAU